UUAAUUUUUUUAAUGAAAAUUUUAAUAAUAUACUUUUUUGUUUUCAUGCCAAAUGUUGUCGAUAAAUUGUAGUAUGUGGUAAAAUAUCGUAGAUGAUAAUUCAUUGUCUAAUUCUGCAGGAAAAUAUUUACCUGUCCUCGCCGGUACCUUGUCGAGAAGUAUAAUUUUGUUUUGAUCUACUAAAAUGACAAGAGUACAUUACUUCAAACCAAUCCUUUUUGUGUAAUAGUUUAUAAUCAACUUAAAAGGAUCAAAAUGUCACAUUGGGACGUAUCUACAUAUGAAAGUGUUAGUGAAGAAAAAUUCACCCAACAAAUCUAUCCGAGACGCGAACCAGCUCUAAUUAAAGGCGUUGAUAUUGGCCCGUGUACGAAAUUAUGGACUCGUGAUUAUUUAUCUGAAAAAAUCGGUGAAGUGCCAGUGAAAGUGCAUGUCAGCACAGAUCCGAAAAUGGAUUUUAUAUCAAAAAACUUUGUGUACAAGACUUUACCACUUCGUGAUCUAAUCGAGAGAGCAGCCAAAGAAGAAAAUACUGAGUACUUUCUUAAUUCACAUGAGUAUUACUAUUUGCGGUCCCUGGGAUCUGAUCCUCGUGGGCGAGAAAUAGCUGAUGUGAAAAAGCAGUUUCCAAAUAUUGCAUCAGACAUUACUGUCCCAAAGUUUUUCAAUGACAAGGACUUUUUCUCUAGCGUUUUUAGAAUUGGUUCUUCUGGGGUGCAACUGUGGACACAUUAUGAUAUAAUGGACAACAUAUUAAUACAGAUUUGUGGAAAGAAACGAGUAACUCUUUUCAGUCCUGAUGAUGCUCUAAACAUGUAUUUAGUUGGUGACAAGUCUUUAGUUAUAGAUAUCGAUAACCCAGAUUUAAAUAAAUACCCACGAUUUCGUAAUGUCAAGAGAUAUGAAUGCAUGAUGGAACCAGGUGAUAUUUUAUUUAUACCAGCAUUAUGGUUUCACAAUGCUUUGGCUCUGGAAUUUGGAAUUGCUGUCAAUAUAUUUUGGAAGCAUCUCCCCCAUGACUUGUAUGACAAGAAAGAUCCAUAUGGGAACAAAGAUUUGGUGCCUGCUGCAAGGGCACUUCUAGCAGUAGAGAAUGCUGUAAAGCAGUUGGAUGUAUUGCCAGAAGAAUACAGACAGUUCUAUGGGAAGAGAAUGAUUAGAGCUUUAGAGAACAGAUUUUCAAAAAGAUGAAGGAAUAAUGUAAUAACAAGUAAAAUAAUCAUAUUAUUAAAAAAUGUUUAAUAAUUUGCUUCCAAUGUGUCUAUCUACAUGUCAAUUUAAAAAAUCCUUAUCCUAAAGGUUUGUCUUCAUCAUAAAAGAAAAUCUUGUAUCUCUUUCCUCAACUGCUUCUGCAUAAUCUCUGUCUUCGCAGAACUUGUAAUGUCGCCAGGAAGGAAAUCCAAAGAAUCCUGUGAAACAAAUGACAUAAAUUACCAAAGAUUCAAAUGAAUUUUGUAAUUUGUUUACUAACAUGUGGUUCAAAUUCGGCUGUAAACUUCUUACCAUUUCUUUCACAAUUAGCCUGCAACCAUAACAGAGAUUCUCUUUUAUUUGUUCAAAGUCAAGUUUCUGCAGAUGAUUCUGAGAAAUGCAAGUGCACUGAUAAUUACUAGUACAACAAUUAGAAUCUCCCAUUGAAGAUAUCGCAUUAGAAUGUAAAUCAGAGCUACUGUGUGUCAACAGAUCUUUAACAUCAGCAAACAUCGGGGAAGAUAUUAACUGGGAAAAUUCAGUAGCUUGCAUUGAAGAAGAAUCUUGUUUCAAAGUAUCCAAUGGUGUCUACAAAUAAAUUUCAGUCAAUUAAAAUGUAAACAACAUAUGACAUAAUUCCACUAUUAGCCAACUUACUUCACAGAGUAAACAGGUUUUACAUUCUACAUUUCUGGUCCCUUCAGAAGUGAGUUUAUCACCAGUACGGAAAAUUGUUGACACUGUGGAAGGAAAGUCUUUCUGGAGUUCUGUAAUAAACUUCUCAGUCAAUCUUUGAAUACUUGAAAAUGGGUCAACCUGGAAUAUAAAACAUUCACAUUCAAAGUUAUCAUUUUUAUAAUAAUGGUAAUAAUAUGAAGGGCUCACAUGUAAAAUACGAUAACCCUCAAAAUUGUAGUUUUUUGUAAUUAUAAUUAAUUACAUAAUUUAUAAAUAUUUUUUUUUAUUACUAUUGUUCUUGGUGUGCGAUCCUCAAAUAGUACCAAUUUGUAACUGAAAGGUGGCCUCUACAUUUUAUUUUCGCUUAACCUGCUUACACCCCUUAAUUGAAAAUAUUUGCUUAUUUCUUAUAAGUAUAUCCAUGAGAAUUUUCAUGUUUUACAACUGAGCUCUUCCUAUAAUAUCAAAACAACAUAAAUAAUCGCAAUCAUAACUAUUUUUUGUCAAUCUAAUUUUAUAUAUUUUGUUAGUAUACUAUCUUCUAAUUAAAAUAUUUCAUUGUACCUUUGAACUAAGUUUUGGAUAAGAGACAGAUCCAAUGUUCUUAAAAACCAUAUAAAAUGCUAUUUCUUUUUUCAUAAAAUCUCUCAUUGGACGAAGUAGCUUUGUUUUACCAUGUCGGAAGUCACAAAAACCCUGGAAUACAGAAUUACAGAAUGACUGCUGAAUAAAGGUCAAAAUUUCUAAAAAACCUAAAUCUAAAUAAACUGAUUGAAGCAAAAAAAGCACUGCACAAUGUAAAUAAAAACCUAAAUAUUAGAGAAUGUAUCAGUAAUUUUGGCAUUAAAAAAUAAAAACACACACACAACACAACAACACCCCUUAUCUUAAAUCAGGAGCCCUGAACUAAGAGAGGGUAAAUCCUCACUGAAAACCAAAAGGGGUGGGUGAUCUUCAAAGAUCUGUACGCCAACUUCUGUAUUUGGUGUAAACCUGAAACAUCACCUUACUGUUGCCAGAUUAAGAGGUUGGAUAUGAGACCACAACCAUUCAUGGUAAAUAAAGUACUCAGCUGA